GGACAGUCCCACGAAGCAGCUAACGAUUUAGCGGCGGACACGACGGGGAACUGAGGUUGGGCCUAGCUCAGCCCCAGUCAUUUCGGAAAUGAGCUGAGAGACUCAACAGCCGCAUGAGGCCUGACUCCCUGAGGGGAAGAAGCGCGCUAGACGGACAAGCAUGGCACGUUUCACGCUCUGUCAAAGCCGGUCAAUGUCGACUGAUGGCUUAACCCCCUCUUCCUCUUCCUCUUUCAGGACUCUCUCCAACAGUCUCCCCGUCUCCCAUCCACUCCACCAUGGCCGAGUCGCGGGACUCACAACACUUGCUUCUGCCCUCGGAGGAAGACCUGGUCACUGCGAAACCUCCGCGCUCGUGGAACCCACUCGGCGGUCGCCCCUCGUCCAGCAGCGAAUAUGCUUAUCUCCCGCCAGCCUCCACACAUGAAAGCUUCUCCGAGGAAGUGUUUCGAGAGGUGGGACUAGGUAUCACCGACCCCUGCGGCGACACGCUACCUGCCCGAGGCAAACGCGAUUCAAUCUCCAGUGCUGGCAGCGAGACCACUGCAACGACCCCGGGCUUCUUGAAAACGCCUCAAGGAACCCCAGCCAUUCUACAUCCACAUCGCUCGCCAGGAAAUUGCCCCAGUCGAGCGACGGUCCUCCAAAGCCGGUUCUCGUGGGUGCCCGUGACGAUCUUCGUUCUAGCCUUUUACGCAACGGUUUUCUCGGGCAUAUAUCUCGCCAUCGCAAUCCGAAAACCGAGAUGGAGUAAUGUUAGCAGCGAUGGGUCCCUGGCCCCGUCGACGGCUAAUUUGCUUUGCGCGUUCUUUGCCAAAACUAUCGAAUUGGCCUACGUUACGAUAUGUGUCGCUUUCCUAGGCCAGGUGCUGAGCCGGCGAGCACUAAUGAAGGACUCGCGCGGAAUCAGCAUAUCGGACAUGAAUAUGAGAGCAUGGAUCAUGCAACCUGGGUCAAUGAUCGUGCAUUGGGAGACCCUGCGGUACUCGGCCCUAACAUUUCUGGGCACUAUUGCAUUGGUCGCUACCUUUGUAGCGAUGCUCUACACCACGGCGGCCGAAGCAUUAGUAUCUCCAAAACUCUCGAUGGGCCCCAAAGUGGACACCACUCUUGCGGGUAAAGUUUACACCAGCUUUGGCAACGUGGAAUAUCUCUUGUUGAAUUGUAAAAGCCCAAUCCCACAAUCUAUGGACCCCUAUGCCCGCAACGACACCUGUCUUCAGAUGCUCCACGUGGGUCAAGCCUACCACAAUUACGAGCAGUGGAUUACUGCAUGGGCCGACUUCAUUGGUAGUGGGAACGACACGUCAGAUCGCCUUCAGACUCGCCCAAAGCCCACCGGUUCAAUGUGGGACAAUACCACGAUUACAGGCAGCUGGAUUGAAUUGACGAAUCUGUCCGAUCUGUCUCAAAAACAUGGUCGUAUGGUCAACAAUAUUACGAUGGCAAUGCCACAUGGCGGGAUACCCGCCGCGGCUAUGGAUGAGAAGAAUGAUAUCCACCAGCCUCAGGAUGUUUCAGGCGAGGGCAAGUACAGCCUCGAAGCCUCUGUACCUUCGCCUGCCAUCAACGUGCUCUGUGUUGGCAUGAACAAGUCCGAGCUUUCGCCCUUGGUUUACUCCGAGUGGCCAAAUGUGCACUUCAACGCAACAACAUGGAGCGCCACACCACCAGAUGACAUUCCCCGAACCCCAUCCUGGCUCAACAGAACCGUCGUCGAUGACAUCUUCGGAUUCGGUCAAAAAUACGGCCAGCGACCUCCCAUCUUCGGCACUUACCCGGGAUCUAACAAUACAAUCUUGAACACGACGGGUCUCUGGCCAGCUAAUUCAAUCUACCUCCUUGGAAAGCCAAGCGUUUCGCAUCCCGAAUAUGUGAUGUGUGCUAUGCGCGCCAAAGAGACCGGCGUCUGCUCAACUCGCUAUGUUGCAGCGUCUAGCGGAGCUUUCCUGACCUCCAAUUGCGAGAACAGCACUAAUCUUCUCCAAUACAACCGAAAGCAGACAAACUUCACCGAGGGUUUUUGGCAAGCAGACUGGAAGAACGUUGCCAGCGAAUGGGCCCCCUCGCUCAGCCUAGGCUCGGGAAUUACCAAUGCACAAGCAAGUAACGAGCGUCUCCUCAUGCAAAUGAUGCCCACGUACGACAACGACACAAAGACAUACUCUCUUAAUCCAUCCCUUCCCUCGAUCGGAGAAGCUCUCGCCGUGAUGGCUGGUAGCACGCUCAUUCUCUCUUCGCAAAAUGCCCCAUUCAUUCACGACUUCAACUACACCGUACCUAAUGAUAUCCUCCCCGAGCCAGUCUAUCAAUACUUCCCGGCCUCUCUGCAAGAAGUAGGCUACGCGUCUGGCGGUACCGAGCGUUGGCAAGGUGUCUUCUUCGUUAUUCUCGUCUUCGCCUUCCUGACCUCGCUCAUUUGUUUGAUCUUCGUCAUUGUCGAAGCGCGAGGCCACCAAAUCACGGACUUUACAGAGCCGCAAAAUCUUUUUGCUAUCGCUGUCAAUAGCCCCCAGUCGGCGCAGCUGCAAGGUGCAUGCGGAGGAGGCCCCGUUGGACGGCAAAUGAAGGAGAGAUGGUUUAUUGGCAUGGAUGAGACAGAUGCACACUACUACAUUCGAGCAAAGAAGGAUGGACAGAGUCCGUACACGGAAGCUAGGUCUACGGAGUAUCAAGGGCUUGAACCGAUGGAGGUUGAGGAUGGAAGUGGCAGCUUGAAGGCAGUCAGUCCGGCGGUUGAUGAGUUCCGUCGAGUCUCCAAAAGGUCCUCAUUUUUGGCGAAACUCUACUAAUGUGUAACUAAUUCAUGUGACUCACGAGACAUGUCACUGUAAUUUCUAGAUGAUAUCCGCAAUUAUUCAUUGCUUCGAUCAUAUCGUAUGAGGCCAACCUAGGUCUUCCAAUGCCUGC